AGAGGAAGUAAAAAUAGCAAAAUUUCCAGCUACCUGCAGGUCGAAAGAAAAAGUAACCAUUUUUCUAGAUUAUCUCUAUGAAAUACCAUUAAAUACAACAAUCAAAAAUGUUUCAAGAAAAUGCCUACAGGGAACACCUAUCACUGAUGUUAUCAGAGGUAUUAAAUGACAUUGGUGUCAAUGAAGGAAUGGUGAUGAAAGGAAGAAGAGUGAACUUACUGAGAGAGACUAUGACUAAUAUCAGGUCCAAGUUAUCUGAUAAAAAUAUUACUGAAUAUAUUCUAGGGAGUCAGUGUGAAGAUACAACUACUAUAGGACUUAAUUCAGACAUUGAUAUUGUAAGCUGUGUGCGUGAUAUCAAUAUAAUACAAUGCUGGUCAGAGUGGGAACGUGGCAAGAUUAACUACUUAAUGAUACAGGAUGAAAACACUACCCCCGGGUAUUGUUUCUUACAACUGCUCCAUCCUUAUGUACCUCUUUGUUUAACCGGCUAUCAUGAUGAACAUCAUAUUACUGAUAGAAGAGGACGAAUAUUGCUAAAAAGCACAUUAAUCAGUAUUUACCGUCAGGGUGCUAAUCAGCAUCAUGGACCAUCUAUUGCUGGCCAAGGGCGACCUGGAUUUUGUGACAUUGACAGAGUAGUUGCUUAUCCAUGUAAAUCAAUGCCUCAAUCAGCAUCAGAUUGGUUAGACAGACAGGGUAUUGGCGGAUGGCCAACUCAAGAGAUGAGAAGAUAUGCAGUCAGUACUUGGUGUUUUGUUGUUGCAACUGGUAGUAAGGUUAGUGAAUAUGCUGAAUUGGAAUGGAGAAUAUCUACAUUAUUGACAGAAAGAUGUCUUAUGUUUAGUCUAAAUAUAACGCAAAUAAGGUGCUAUGUGCUAUUGAAAAUGAUUCUUAAAUCCUUCCUUAAUCCUCAAGAUGAAAUAAAUAUAUCAAGUUUCAUGUGUAAAACAGUUCUAUUCCAAUUUGAUAGUGGUAAGAGAUUAGAACAUGCUGCAUUCAAGUUCCUUGCACCUUUUCUUUUUACCACAUAUGGAUCUACCCUAGCAUCAUCAAGCAUUGGUCAAAAUAAUCAAGUGUCAUCUCAAGCAUUGGUCUGGCUAUCAGCUGGUCUAAACUCAGAUAUCUCAUCUAGCAGACUUAAACUAGCAUCAGUGUUCUACAGUACAGGAUAUAUGGAGGAAGCUGAAUUCAUUUUGAGACACACUGAACAACAAUAUUACUCUUAUCCUAUCAUACCUAUCUGUGGCUGUUGGAAAACCCCUCCACCAGCAGUUACAGCAGAAUUAAUGAGGUCUACACAAGAUGACAUGAUACACAGAGAUAGAAGGAAAGACUGUUGGAUGGACUGUGCCGUAGUUGAUUCUCUACCUUUCCUGUACUUCCUACAAUACAAGAUCUACAGUCGUCUGCAAAGAUGUCAAGAGCAACAACAAGCAAUUAGUAAACUUAUAAGAACCAUAGUAAUUGAUGUAAACCUCAGACAUAGAGAAACAGCUAUCAACAUUUUAGGACAAUGUUUGGAACAAGAAAACAUACCUCAAGAAGCAUUAAAAUGCUACCUGCUUUCUCUUCAACAAAGGGCAAGAAACAAUGCAGCUAAUUUCCAUAGCAACCAGUGUUGGAAUGGUUUUAACAACUACAUUGUAUUUUAG